GGACGGCGCGCGAGCCGGGAGGAGGCGCGAAGGAGGCGGCAAGGCGAGAGCAGCGCGGCUCGGGAUGCAUUCGGACUGCCGGCUGCUGCGCCCGAGAAGCGGGGUAUGGUGAGCGGCCCGGAGCGCCCGCUCCCCCGGGGGACCCGGCCGGCGCUGGCCUCCCUCCUUCUCCUCCUGUUGCUGCUCAGGCGGGACGCGGCGGCGCAGAAAGGUGAUGGAUGUGGACAUACCGUUUUAGGUCCUGAAAGUGGGACUUUUACAUCUAUUAACUACCCGCACGCCUAUCCCAACAGCACUGUGUGUGAAUGGGAGAUUCGAGUAAAGCCUGAGCAGAGAGUGCAGCUCAAAUUUGGGGAUUUCGAUAUUGACGAUUCAGAUUCUUGCCAUUUUAAUUACGUGAGAGUUUAUAAUGGAAUUGGACCCACAAGGACAGAAAUAGGAAAAUACUGUGGUUUAGGCUUACAGAUGGAGAAUUUAAAUGAAUCAAAGGGUAAUGAAGUUACGGUACAAUUCAUGAGUGGCAUACACUUCUAUGGACAUGGGUUUCUUGCAUCCUAUUCAACCACUGACAAAACAGAUUUAAUAACGUGUUUAGACACUGCAAGUCAGUUUUCUGAGCCAGAGUUCAGUAAAUAUUGCCCAGCUGGAUGUGUGCUUCCUUUUACUGAUGUUUUUGGGACUGUUCCUCACGGCUACAGAGAUUCAUCCUCCAUUUGCAUGGCUGGGGUGCAUGCAGGAGUGGUGUCCAACGUCCUAGGAGGUCAGAUCAAUGUCGUAAUCAGCAAAGGCAUUCCCUACUAUGAAAGUUCUCUGGCUAACAAUGUCACUUCAAAAGCAGGAGCACUGUCUUCAGGUCUCUUCACUUUCAAAACUAGUGGUUGCUACGGGACACUGGGAAUGGAGUCUGGAGUCAUUGCUGAUUCGCAGAUUAAUGCAUCAUCCUUUCUAGAAUGGCCUGAGCAAGUGGGGCAGCCCAGCACCUGGAGGCCGGAAAGAGCCAGGUUGAAAAGGCCUGGACACUCUUGGGCAGCUUUUACCAAUGAUGAGUAUCAGUGGUUGCAAAUAGACCUAAACAAAGAGCAACGCAUAACAGGUAUAAUAACUACUGGAUCCACCUUAGCAGAGUACCAUUAUUAUGUCUCUGCCUACAGGAUUCUGUACAGGAACGAUGGGCAGAAGUGGACAGUAUACAAAGAACCUGGUGUUGAGAGGGAUAAGGUAUUUCAAGGCAACACUGGGUAUUAUCAAGAAGUCCGCAAUAAUUUCAUUCCACCCAUUAUUGCUCGUUUCGUUAGAAUAAACCCUUUGAAGUGGCACCAGAAAAUCGCAAUGAAAGUUGAACUGCUAGGAUGUCAGUUCAGUGUUGUUCGGGCUCCAAGACCUACAGUACCCCCACCACCCAGGAACAAUGACUUUCCUUCGCACACUGAUAAAACCACCUUCACUCCGGAGAUCAAGAACACUACAGUAGCUCCAAGCGUAACCAAAGAUGUGGCAUUGGUAGCUGUUCUGGUUCCUGUGUUGGUCAUGGUCCUUACCACCCUCAUUUUGAUCUUAGUUUGUGCCUGGCAUUGGAGAAACAGAAAGAGAAAAUCAGAAGGAACCUAUGACAUACCAUAUUGGGAUCGUGCAGGUUGGUGGAAAGGCAUGAAGCAGUUUCUUCCUGCCAAGUCUGUAGAACACGAGGAAACACCUGUUCGUUACAGCAGCAGUGAAGUUAGUUGCCUUAGAUCAAGAGAAGUUACAACCAUGUUACAAACCCAAACUGCAGAGUAUGCACAGCCACUGGUGGGAGGAAUUGUUGGCACACUUCACCAGAGAUCAACCUUUAAACCUGAAGAAGGAAACGAAACAAGCUAUGCUGAUAUGGAUCCUUACAAUUCACCCGAGCAAGAGAUUUACCAUGCCUAUGCUGAACCACUACCUAUCACUGGACCAGAAUAUGCAACACCAAUUGUGAUGGAUAUGUCAGGUCAUCCCGCAGCUCCCCUGGGCAUUUCUACUGUAUCUACUUUCAAAGCUCCAGGAAAUCAAGCCGCUCCCAUAGUUGGGGCAUACAGCAAACUUGUUUCCAGAUCAGAUAGUUCAUCGCCUACUCGAGUACUCUAUGACACACCCAAAGGAAUGCCAGGACUCAAUCCCACAGAUGAGUUGGUAUACCAGGUACCACAGAACAUGCCACAUUCCACAGAGAAUAAAGAAGAUGUUAGUUAGAGAAUGUGGCUUUCAAAAAUUAAAUCCUUUGGAGAUCACUUUUUGCGUUGGAAGAAAAAUGUGUGACUUGGUGGGAGCCCAGAAAAAACGAGUCAAUUGCCCUUUUGAGGGUCUGUACACAACUACUGCUUUCCUGUUUAUAGAAUGAUGGGCUUUCCAUUCACUACUGAUGGGCACUACAUUUUUUUGCUAGACAGGUGUGAGAAGCUUUCAAAGAUGCUGAAUCGCUGAGUGUAAAUACAUGUUCCACAACAGAUAUAUAAUGUGCCACUAUAGAUAUAUAAUUAAUCAAAAUGAUCUAUGGUCCAUGAGCCAAGAAAAGGAAAGGUACUAUUCUGGAUAUAGAAAAAAGUCACUGAGUCCAACAUACCAAUUUCAAAUUAAUUGCUAUCUAGCAAGCUGGUAUUUUCAUAAGGCUUCACAUUGUAAAAGUAAACUGAUUAUUGUGCUUCCUGUAACAGGAAGUUAGUGGCAAGUUAUAAGGAAAACUGAUCCGUAAAAUUAACAAGUUUCCUUUGUUGAUUUCUUUGAUGAAAUCAAUUGGUAGUA